CACUCCUCUCCACUCCACUGGUGGUGGCACUGAGGGCCACGCCCACUCAGAAACAGGGAGGGGCCUACGCUCGACUAAGUGGGACCUUAUGAUUUCAGGAUGACUAUUGUUUCCUUUUUAUUUGAUUUGUGCGUGCAAUUGAAAUACACUCUAAAGCAAUCGCAUUAUUUACGGUAAAUCACUAAAAUGUUUCAAAUGUGUUUUUAAUAAGUUUACGUUUUGCAUGAACCUAUAAGCUUUUUAUGUUUUAAUUUCAAACAUGCACACAGCGACGUAAGGCAUGGCGAUGCCACGCGGUGACGCCGACCUGCCCGUCGGGCACCUGUGAUGCUCGACUAGCGUGUGCUAUAGCCCGUUGUCGGGCGACAACCACGACGACCACAAAGGCAAGGCCGGGGGGCGGGCGGGGAUCUUCACCAUGGCCUUCUUCAAGAGCUUCCAGCAGAACCUGCCCACCGUCAACAUCACCUCCCUGCUGGACUCGGUGAGCAGCCGCGUGGACGACCUGGCCACCGCCGUCAGCGACGCCACCUACAACGUCAGCGACCAGCUGACGGAGCAGGUCAGCACCAUCAUCGGCAAGGUGCAGGACGAGGAGGAGGACGGCGAGGACGGGGGCGGAGGCGAGGCGGGGACCCGCAAGGCGCGGGCCAACGCCGACCGCGGGAGCUCCUGGGGCGCCCAGCAGGCGGACGCCGGCGCCUCCUCUUCCGCCGGCGGCGGAGGGGACGAGAACGUCGGGAGCAACAGCCAGCUGGAGUGGGAGUGGCGCGACGGGUGCUGGCGGGUGAAGCGCACGGAGGAGGAGAUAGCGGAGGAGGAGAAGAAGAAGGCGGAGCAGCAGGCGUUGCAGGAGGAGAAGGAGAAGAGGCGGAAGGAACGGAGGGCGAAGCAGCAGGAGAAGGAGGCGGAGUCCCAGUCCAUGCAGGGCGCGGUCCAGGGGGAGGAGGUGGACGGAGAGUCCCUGGAAGAACCCCACAGGUCCCCCCGCAAGGCCGGGGAGGAUGGACACAAAACAGACAAGUCUAGCCAGGAGACCCCUGAGACGGCCCGACAGGCAAGGGAGGGCGAGGAGGAGGGAGAGGAGGAGGAACCAGACAAGACUAAUCAAGGACAGGUCGGGGAGGAGGGGGAGGAUGAGGGGGAGGAGGAGGAGCAGCCAACGAAGAAGAAAAAGUCUCUGAGGAAGAAGGCCAAGGAGAGCUCGGAGAAGCCCAAGAAGAAAGAGAAAGAGGAGAAAGAGAAGAAAAAAGAGAAGAAAAUCAAGAAGAAGAAGAAGAAGGCGGGGAAAGGUUAGGCCGUGUGCUGCCUGCCUUCCUCUGACCGGUUUCUCCGGGCCGCUCUUUCCUCUUUUUCCCUUCUUUCAGUCCUCCUUAUACCGCAUUCAUGACAGUUCCUGACAGCUUGUCAUAUAUAUCACCUCAGCGUUAAUAAUGUA